CAUUACGAAAGCAAACACGACGCAACGAACGAUGCAGAAAUACAUUAUACUCAUUGCAUUCCUCGCCACCGCGGCCUGCCAUGAGCCCAGGAAGCACAGAGUCGACGAUCCCUUCUCGGCUCUGGACAAACACAUCACCCACACACUUGCAUACCACUACCUCUGGCCCUGGAGUCAGCUCAUCAGGGCAGCAGCAGCUUUGGACAUCGAGGAAGCUCUAGAAGAACCACAAAUUGUGUCAGACGCCGAGCAAUUACGAGUGAACCUCAACGUCAGGCGAUUCAAACCAGACGAGUUGAGGAUCAAAGUGAAGAACCGUUACAUCAUAGUUGAAGGAAAGCACAAGGAGACGGGAGACGCUCAGAAGUUUAUGGCGAACCACUUUGUCCAGCGGUUUGUGUUACCACCCGGCAGCAAGCAGGAAGAAGUGACCGCUGUUCUCAAGGAAAAUGGUGUUCUUACUGUGAGUGUGCCCAAACACGAGCUUCCUCCCCCACCACCUGAGAGGGAAGUGCCCAUUGAAGUGAGACUUCCAGAAAAGGUUGAAGAAAAACCUGUCGAGCAGGACAAGACAGAGAAACCCGUCUCAGAGGACAAAACUGAAACAACGACAGAGAAGAAGGAGGUUCCAGUACAGACAUCUUCAGCGACACCUCUAGAGCAGUUAGACUUAGUUGAAGCAACAACCCACGUGGGUAAGAUCAGGAAGAAGGAGCUCAAACCUACUCCUAAAACGUCAAAGGACAACGAAGUAUCAAAAGGACUGGACGGCAACGGAUUAGAUUACGCACUAGUUGAACAAGAAGAGUGAACACUAACCCUAAUAAGUGAAUUAAGACUGAACCAAGCUUUAACAUGACAUAAGUCGUUAAAAGCGUGCUCUUACUUUUCGGACGACAAAAUAAUUUUACAACGGAGUAUUAUUUAUCGGUACAAAAAUACAUAUUGUUGUGAAUCGUUCGAAAGGUUACUAGGAGAAAAUAGUUGUUAUUAAUAUUAAGUUUAACUGUAUUUGUUUUGAAACAUUUGCCCCACGAAUAAACGGUGUUAUUUAUUA